AUGUGUCUGCUGAAAGGCACAACGCUGCAAAGCUCCUUCAAAGAUGGUGAUGUUAUUUUGGGAGCUGUAAUGUCACUGUAUAAUUUUCCACAGUCAAACAACCCAAGCUUCAAAGAAAAACCUCUUCCGUACAUAUGUUUUGGAGCAUUUGUGCGAUACUACAGACAUAUCCUUGUAAUUAUCUUUGCUGUAGAGGAAAUUAACAAAAAUCCUGUUCUUCUCCCAAAUAUUACAUUGGGCUAUGAGAUCUAUGACUCGUGUGACUAUGUCUCGAAUGCAGUGGAAGCCACUUUAAAAUUGUUCUCUGGGAGACAGGAUCAUGUUCCAGGCUACAGAUGUACAACCAAAGGGCCCCUGGCUGGAUUUAUUGGGCUGCCGUAUAGCAUGGCAGAACUUACCCAGAUCUAUAGCUACCCACAUAUUAGUUAUGGAGACCAAAAUCCAGUUUUAGAUGAUAAAACAUUAUUCCCAUCUUUCUUCCGGGUUGUACCUAAUGACCGUUCCCUGUACGAUGGCUUUGUACAGCUCCUCCAUUACUUUGGCUGGACAUGGGUCGGACUUGUUGCAUCGGAUGAGGAAAAUAAUUUGAGAACAAGUCAGGAGCUAAGGGCAGUGUUACAUGAAAGUGGCAUAUGCAUUGCUUACUUUGCAGUUGUUUCAACAAAAUAUGUUAUAACCUAUGUGCAUGUCUCGAAAGUCAUAGAGGAAUCCAAAGCCAGUGUGGUUAUAACAUUUUGUACCCACCUGAGCCAAUACCUCAAAAAUAUUCAUCUCCAAACUAAAUCAGGAGAAAAAUUGUAUUCUGCAAAUGAAGGACCUAUAGGACAAUAUGAUAUUAUGAACUUGGUGAUAUCCAGGGGAACUGAUACCCUUAGUCAGAUCGGCAGCUUCUUCCCAUUCGCCCCUGCAAGGCAGAAACUGAUAAUCAACCAAAGUGAUAUCAAAUGGAAUCACAAAUUUAAACAGGCACCAAAAUCCAUAUGCAGCGAGAGCUGCCCUCCAGGAUACAGAAAGGCUCAAAGGAAGGGACAGCCUGUCUGCUGCUUUGACUGUAUCUUAUGCUCAGAAGAUGAGUUUACCAAUGAAACGGAUUCUGCAAACUGCAUGAAAUGCCCUGAAGAUAUGUGGGCAAAUAAAAUGCAUGACGGCUGCUCGAAUAGAACACUGGAGUUUUUGUCAUAUGAAGAGAUCUUGGGUGGCACUUUGGCUGCUCUUUCUAUUCUGGCAUCUUUCUUUCCCCUAAUCAUCCUGUUUAUCUUCUUGAAGUAUUCUGAAACUCCAGUUGUGAAAGCAAAUAACCGCAAUCUCAGUUACAUCCUUUUGGUUUCCCUGUUUUUCUGUUUUCUCUGUGCUUUAAUGUUUAUUGGUCGUCCCAUUACUAUAACCUGUAUCCUCAGGCAGUUUAUAUUUGGGAUCAGUUUUGUCAUGUGCAUUUCAUGUGUUUUGGGAAAGACAAUGAUGGUGGUGAUCGCCUUCAACCUCACCAAGCCAAAGAGUAGUGGGCAGAUAUGGUUGAAUUCUGGAGUAACUAACACCCUGGUGCUUGUGUGCACAGCUAUACAAGUGAUUAUAUGUGCUGGGUGGCUUGCACAUUCUCCUCCUUUUGAAUACCAAGACAAUAAAUCUAAGAUGGGCACCAUUAUUGUGGAAUGUAACAAGGGAUCACCUUUUGUUUAUUCAUGCACAAUGGGAUAUAUGGGAUUUUUAGCUUCUUUGUGCUUUGUAGUUGCUUAUUUGGCCAGAAAGUUGCCAGGCAGUUUCAAUGAGGCCAAACUGAUCACCUUUAGUAUGUUGAUAUUUGGAGCUGUUUGGAUCUCCUUCAUCCCAGCCUACCUCAGCACCACAGGGAAGUACAUGGUGGCAGUGGAAGUGUUUGCUAUUUUAGCUUCUAGCAGUGGAUUAGUGGCAUGUCUAUUUUUGCCAAAGGCCUACAUUAUUAUUCUGAGAUCGGGUGACCAUUCUGAAGGAAAAAGAGUCUUUUGA